UUAGUAUUAUCAAUUUCAGUUAGAUUCAGACAUUCGAGGUGUUAAAAAGUGUCGCGGAAGAACUGAGGAUGAAGUGCGUUAAUAUUGUGGCAAUCUUUGCCGGCUUGCUACUCCUAAAUCUGGAGAUGACAGCAUCAACUUCGACUGGGGAUCAACCAAGUCAGGCUCUGAUAGAUACGGCCAAGAUGUUUGGAUUGGAUGAAGUUGGCCUGCGGGAAUUGUGGCGCACCAAGGAUCCGCUGGUUGUCAGAAAUCAAAAUAGUGCCGGUCAACUGACUACAGUCACCUAUAGUCUGAGUCCCGAUGGUAAAUCGAUUUCAAGGAGCAGGGUCAUUGAGGGAUCGUCGCCUGCAAGGCUAGAGGAAGGAGCUACCAUAGCUAAGCCCCAAGAGGACUGGGAGUAUGUACCUAAUCCUAGUCGUCGUCAAUUUCGUCCGAUUGGAGAGCCUAAUGUCGGUGAAGGUAGUUUUGAUCCCAGCUUAUUUGGAUUCCCUGCUCCUCGGGGUUCAUUGUUUCCCAACUGGAGGCUGCCAGAUGGGGUGACGCCGCGAGUCACUACCAAGACGGAAGUAGAUAACCUAGGACGAAGGAUAACCACCACAACCAAGAGUUUUAGCGGCGUGGUGUUGCCAGGAAGUAAUGUGUUACAGCAGACAUUCCCUGAUAUUGCGAAGGAACCUGGUCCAAUUAACCCGAUCUUCGGUCAGAUCCCAUCCAUAGGAAACUAUCCCACAUUUUAUUCAGCACCCUCUGAUUUCAACUCUGGAUUUGUGCCCCGCUCAAGUCAGCAGGAUCCUACCUUUGUGCCGGUGAUAGAUGCCACCACCACUCAGCGAACUGUAGUUCCCCUACCCACUCAAGCACCUCGAAAUGUCGGUGGAGGUGAGAACGACAUAGAUGAUUUCCUGGCUAAGGUGGAUCUAACUGCCGAGGACAUUGAGAAGAGUAACGGUGAAGUAGUCAAAACAAUUGUGGAUAAAAAUGGGAGAGUUCUUACUGCCAGGUUUGUCCUGAGCUCAGUCAAAGGCGACAAGAACGAUCUUAAGCAGCAAAGUCCCACGAAAUAAAUAUCUGAAUUUACACCAAUUUUAAAGUAACAAAUGCAAUAUUUUGUAAACAUUUUUAAAAACAAUAACGCAAUGGAAUAAAUGAGCUUAUCAGCAGGGGCUAAACCCAGGCAAUAUAA